CUUUUUCCCACACUCUAAACAUACACUCUCUCGCAGUGGAUACAGAGCACGCAACAAUGGCUUCACCAAAGACUCUCUUCUUCGCCGCCAUUCUCGUCGUCUUCGUCUCCUGGGUGGCGCGUGGGCGUAACGCACCGAGAGACAUCGUACGCGCCACGUGCGUCCACGCGAGCUACCCGAACCUCUGCCUCCGCACGCUCUCCGCCUACACCGGCCCGGCGAUCACAACGCCGCGCGACCUCGCCCACGCCGCCGUCAAGAUCAGCCUCUCCCACGCGAGAAGCGCCGCCGCAAAACUCGCGUCGGUGAAGGCUUCCGCGGGUGCGAGGCGGCGGGAGAGGGCGGCGCUGGUGGACUGCGUGGAGCAGAUCGGAGACUCGGUAGAGGAGCUGAGCCGCACGCUCAGUGCGCUGAAGCGCCUUCGGCAGAGCUCCGGCGGAGGAGCUGCGGCGGAGUUCCGGUGGGAGUUGAGCAAUGCGGAGACGUGGGUGAGCGCGGCGUUGACGAACGAGGACACGUGUCUCGAUGGCUUCGAAGGGAUCGACGGCGAGAUCAAGACGGAGGUGAAGAAGAAGAUCACCAAGGUGGCUAGGGUUACGAGCAACGCGCUUUACAUGAUCAACCGCCUUGACGAUACACGUGGCAAGCCUCACACCGUCGAUCCUUGAUCUUACUGUUCGGUUUGUAAUGUACGGUCGUGAUUGUGUGUUAGUUUUGGUUAUUCGUUUUCUUUGGUGUAUUUAUCUUGCUUUCGUAUAUCUAUAUUUAUUUGACGGGAAAAAAAGAUAUGAAUGCCUCAUGACGGUGCACGUGAAAUGUAUAAUAUUCAAUUUAUAAUA